AUGCCUGCCUCAGCAUACUCCAUCAGCUCGUGGGAUUUCUCGUCCACUCGGGCCCCUUCACCAGUAUCCGCUCGUGCCUCUUCUCCAGCGUAUUUCUCUUCUCAAUCCUCUCGUACCGCUUCGCUUCCUCAUGGAUCCCCUCCGCCUCAUGGAUCUCUUUCGCGUCCUCUCACACCGCCCCGGUCGCACUCUCCGUCGUCGCCACUCACACACUCUCCAGAGGAAUCAUGUUUUCCGCAACGUCUGUUAUCUCCUCAUGUACCAGAAGGCCCCUCUGCGACACGCCAUCGUGAGUACUAUAUCGAGGACGAAAUGGUCAUAAUUCGAGUACAAAAUACUCUGUUCAAGAUUCACAGAUACUUCUUGCUUCGCGAAUCUGAGCUAUUUGGGACACUGUUCGAUCUACCGGCUGGCGAUAUGGCAGCUGAGGGGCAGACUGAUCUGACUGCACUUCCUCUUCACGACGUCACAUGUCGCGAGUUCGAGAGUCUGCUCGAUUUCCUUUACAAGAGUAUGCAUGACGAUGCCAAAUUGACUCUUCCGCAAUGGAUCGACGUGCUUUCCAUUUCGACGCGUUACAUCUGCGACAAGAUUCGCGAUCGUGCAAUUCGGGAGAUCCACCAGCACCAUCCCCGCAUCAAUCCUAUCGAGAAGAUUGUUCUGGCCCUGCAGUUCGACGUACCAGAUUGGCUGGCACCCUCAUACGAGGCCAUCUGUCAGCGGGCGCACCCUCUGGAGAUUGAGGAGGCACAGCGGCUUGGAAUCGUCAUCAGUACGCAGCUCGCACGGGCGCGGGAGGCGAUCCGGCAGGAAGCCUGCUUCCGGACCACCCCAGAUCACACUCGCGCACCCACUCCAGAUCUGCCAUUCCCACCGAUGGACGAGCCCUUCACUAAUGAAUGGCCUGGGCUAAUUGUCCCGGAUCUGUACGAGCCGUACGAGCCCCAUCGUGUCGCGGAGAUCGUUCAGGAGGUAUUCUGGCCCCGUAGAUGA